GAGUCCUGCCUGCACUAAACAAUAUUGCUGGGCCCCCUGCAUUAUUUGUUACUAGAGGUUGACUCUCUGUCACUCCAUGUUGUAUUAUGGAGGAGCUGACUACGAUUUAGCAGUUGCUUCCUUCCUUGAUAGAGUCGACUUAAGCCUCCCCAAAAAUUUAAACGAUAGCCGCUUCCUGUCCAAGAGACGUUAAGGGAGUUCUAUCCAGGUCAAUGCUGGUAUUCAAUGGUAUCAUCAUGCUAUUGCGCCAAGUAAAGGCAACACCAGUAAAGGGCAUAGAAAGUUAGAAACAGGCCCCUGCAUCCUUCAAAGAAGCUAACAAAAUGGAUGUAUAUAGUGACACGUUCAAUAGAGAUGACAUUAUUGAAAGGUCGAGAAUAGAAUAGUUUUGUUUAGUGUGCAUACAAUAUGAUUACCCGCAAAUGAAGGUAUGAUCCUAUCCAAUCUUUCAUAAGCAAUGGCAUCAUCCUAUUGUUUAUUGCACCAAGAGUUGAAAACAGACUUGAUCAAGAAAAGUUGUAUCGUAAAAUAUCCCAGUAACAUCCAAGGAUCAUCAGUACCAGGUUUCAAGAAUAGAGUAUAUUUUAUGUUUUGUUCCUCAUCAUAAGCUUUUCUUUUAUUCCAUGAGAUCUUAGAGUGAGUCAAAGUCUUCUUUUGCAUUUUCCAGGAAUCUCUCAUAGAGCCGAAGUCUUCUAAGAAUAUUGUAAUCUAACUAAUCCAAAAGACAACCCUGUCACCUUAAUUUUUUGUCCUAUUUUCUUUUUAUUAUUUUAUUUUUUAUUGUCUGACUAAAAUUAUUUUUCUUAUCUUGCACGUCAUGAAAGUAGAAGAUAGGUUUCAUUUUUAUAAUGGGAAUUGCACUAUAAAUUAAGAUUUUCUGAUGCAUUUUGGGGCAGGAGACAAUACUUGACCUUGAUCAUGGUUAAUGUGAUGAUCAUGUUUGCUGGUUUUCAAGAACUUCAGGAGAAAGCAAAGUAUCUUCUGAUCAUCGACCAUGGUUUUAGGUUUGAUCAACUCUUAAUUUUCUUCCUGAUCAUUCUUUCAAGCUUGUGGAAUUGUCAUGUUGCUGCUGCAGCAGACAAUAUUGGGGACACACUCAAAAUAGGCGACACUCUCAAUUCCUCAAGCGCACUAGUUUCCACCACUGGGAAGUUCACUUUGCUUUUCUUGCCAUACAGUUCAAGUUCCAACGACAGCUAUCUAUAUAUUAGGCGGUACAAUGUAAGUGGUGCGAAUAAGGCUUGGGUUGGCAACCGAGACUCGCCUGUUUUAUACCCUUUUGGAGUUCUUACCUUGGACUCCAACAACACAUUAAAAAUCAUUACAAACAACGAAGGUCGUGGUGGCGAUCCUCCUAUAGUGCUUGGCUCCGCACCAAAAAGUAGUAGUAAUGUUGCGGCUACUCUGUCGGAUUCUGGCAAUUUUAUCCUACAAGAGUUGAACUCCGAUGGAUCAACGAAGCAGGUGUGGUGGCAAAGUUUUGAUUAUCCAGCAGAUACCUUUUUACCAGGCAUGAAGUUAGGUGUCAACCGUAGCAAUGGGCACAUUUGGUCUCUUACAUCAUGGACAUCCGUUAACUACCCACCGCCGGGGCCUUUCAUCCUAGAUUGGGACCCAACUGCCCGCCAAUUGGAAAUUCGGAGAGAAGGGGUGGUUUGUUGGAGAAGCGGAAACUAUAGUGCUACAAACAACAGAUUCCAAAACAUUUUGCCGAAUGCAAAGGUUAGCUACAAGUUUAGCAUUGUUUCAAAUGAGAAUGAAGACUACCUCACUUACACUUCUGAGGAUGGUGCAUAUGAGUUACCAGAAUGGAUUCUAAAUUAUUAUGGGAAGCUUUUUAAUUAUUAUGGAUUGGGAAUUGAUAUUGCACGAGCAGAUCAGUGUGGAGGCUACAACACAGAUGGAGUAGGAUGCCAGACAACUGGCCGGCCAACUACUUGUAUGGCGGAUUUCGGCAGUCCAUUUGUGCUAAAAAAAGGUUACUUUAAACCAAUCACCUCGAGUUCAGCUUCAAGAUGCCCAUACUCGCUCAACUUUGUAUCAAAUGAAAGUUACAGUGGUACUGGUAUAGACUGUAACAAUACUUGUUUGCAAAACUGUGACUGCCUUGGAUUCGACUUUCAAUUUGAUAAUCAGACUGGAUGCCGAUUUUGGAGUGUGAACUGCGAGUUCGUUGAAGACCUCACUCGACCUGAUAAUUCAAGCAGUUUGGUUUUAGCAAAAUUACCACCAAGCAAAAGCGGUGCAACGCAUAAAUGGAUCUGGAUUGGGGUUGCUAUUAGUGCUGCUCUAGUGAUAAUGGCCUUUUCCGUCUUGUGCUAUCUACGAAGAAGAAGAAGAAGAAGACAAUCUAAACUUUCAGGUGAGGGUAAGAUCGACCAGAAUGAAUUGCUGAACUUCAGGAGUUCUAAGAGGCCUACUGAUUUGAAUGGACUUCAAAAUGAUGGAAAGAUGGGACAUGAUUUGAGUGUAUUUAGCUAUGCAUCUGUGAUGGCUGCCACAAUCAACUUCGCUGAAGAAAACAAGCUUGGAGAAGGGGGCUUUGGACCUGUCUAUAAGGGGAAAUUGGCAACGGGAGAAGAAGUAGCUGUGAAGAGGCUUUCAAAAUGUUCAGGGCAAGGAACACUAGAGUUUAAGAAUGAAUUGAUCCUCAUAUAUGAACUUCAACACACAAACCUUGUUCAGCUUUUUGGAUUUUGCAUUCACGGUGAAGAGAGGAUGUUGAUAUAUGAGUACAUGCCAAACAAAAGUCUGGACUACUUUUUAUUUGAUUCAGUCAGAGGUGUUUUUCUAGAUUGGAGAAAGCGUUUCAGCAUAAUUGAAGGAAUUGCUCAAGGAUUGCUUUAUUUGCACAAAUUCUCAAGAACAAGAGUAAUUCAUAGAGAUUUAAAAGCCAGUAACGUACUACUUGAUGAAAAUAUGAACCCCAAAAUUUCGGAUUUUGGUAUGGCUAGGAUUUUCUCCAUUAAUGAACUGGAAGCAAAUACUAGUAGGAUUGUUGGGACACGUGGUUACAUGCCUCCUGAGUACGCAAUGGAAGGAAUUUUCUCUACAAAAUCCGAUGUCUACAGUUUUGGAGUGUUGGUGCUUGAAAUCAUAAGUGGUAGGAAAAACAAUAGCUUCUACAAUGAUGAUCGUGCCAUCAAUUUAGUAGGAUAUGCAUGGGAGUUGUGGAAAGAAGGCGCAGGGCUACAACUAAUGGAUCCAGCACUAGCUGAUUCGUGUACUAACAAAGAUCAACUGUUAAGAUGCGUUCAAGUUGGUCUUCUAUGCGUGGAGGAUAGUGCAGCGAAUCGACCUACCAUGUCAGAUGUGCUCUCCGGGUUGACAAAUGAAAGCUCACCAUUACCUGCACCUACAAAGCCAGCAUUUUCUACAGAUAGACAUGCGGUCACCAGUACUAUAGCUGAAAAGGAACCACAAAUUUUAUCUGUAAAUGAUCUGACCAUUUCCGCUUGUGAUGGACGUUAAAGCCUUAGAGGCACUAGCACAUUGUUUAGGAGUUCUAGCUCAAGUGAGAUUGAGAUGGAUGAGAAUGUGGUAGGUCUUAAGAUUGCAUCUCAUAGUUUCUGAAAAAUAUAAACAAAUAAAUAAGAACAAUGCAGACGCUUCAAUUAUAUGUAAAAA